GGAAUAGAGAAAAAUUGGAAAUUAAAAUAACCCACAUGGCUUUUGCAAAGAUGAGCAACUUAGCAACAACACUACUCGAGAUGGACACAGUCCUCACUCCAGACUCUGUAGAAUGGUGUCCAAUGGACUCUGCGAGACCUCUGAUAGCGCUGGGGACCUAUCAGCUGGACGAGGCGACGAGAGAGAGGCGAGGGUCGCUCAGUCUGUACCAGUAUGCGUAUGGAGAGGUUGCUUUGACUCAAGUAGCUCAGAAUAAAACAGAUGAUAUCAAGAAUGGAAUCCUGGACAUGAAAUGGAGAGGGGACGGUGUGUGUCUGGCCCUGGCUGGUUCUGAUGGAACUGUAUCGUUACUGAGAGUAUCUCAAACACCACAUUCAAUAGAUGUGGAGGUAUUGCAGCGUGCUGAGCUGGCUGGUAGCCCUGAACAAUCACCCCUCUGUCUGUCUCUAGACUGGAGCAAGUCGACAGAGAAAGAUAUUGCAGUAAGUGACUCCAAGGGACAGCUGAGCCUGGUGAAACUGUCAGAGGCAGAAGGAACAGUCUCGAGGCAAUGGAGUGCUCAUAGCUACGAAGCGUGGAUUGUGGCUUUCGGGUGGUACGAACCCUGGACCCUGUACUCUGGUGGUGAUGACUCUAGACUGUGUGUGUGGGACUGUAGGACUCCGUGUAGUAGACCAACACUGGUCAGCAAGAGGCACACAAUGGGAGUGUGCAGCUUACAAUCUCAUCCUACUAAAGGCCAUCUCCUAGCAUCAGGCAGCUAUGACGAGACUCUCCUGCUGUGGGACACUCGGAGCAUGACCACACCUCUCAAAGAGGCUCACCUCGGUGGAGGGAUAUGGAGAAUCAAAUGGAACACUGAGCACUCAGACCUACUAGCCACAGCUUGUAUGCACAAUGGCUUCCAGCUGGUCCACUGUCACCUAGACUCCUCUACAGAGCCUGAGGUUGUGUGUGAAUAUCAGCAGCACAAGUCCCUGGCCUACGGCAUAGACUGGACUCCAUUACAUAGUGGUAGUGAUGUCCUAACUCUGGCUAGCUGCUCUUUUUAUGAUCACUCGAUGCACGUUUGGUCUGCCUCCUGUAUCACUUAAUUCUUUGUAUUAUACAAUUUUGAAUCAUAAUUAAUAGUGAAGAUUUUAAUAGUGAA